AUGGAACCUACGAGCCAACUCGGUGCCAGUACUUCACUUCCUCAACUAAACAAAGGCCCGCAAAUUCUCUCAGGCUCGGGCAGUUUCCAGAGCUACUUAUCUUCUGCUGGUUCACAUCACCGUCACGCUAAAGGGGCAAGUGUCCAUCUUGAGAACCAAUCGUCGGUUCAUACCGACAAGAGCCAAUCACCCUACCUUCAAAGCGUAGUAGAAGCUUCUUCUCAUCCAGGACCGUUGUCUGGUGUUGUGCGAUUCAUAACCAACUUCCCUGGGUUCCUGCUCGAGGACCUACACCGCUUCCGCUAUGGACACCUAGGAAGGCUGCGGAUUUUGUUGUCCCUGUACUGCUGCGUGAGCGUUACCUUCCUCUCUUUCAAAAUGCAUAGCGCCUUGCAAGGUGCUGUUGCAGCUGGCCGCCCACACAUGGGUCAUAGCCCAAACUCGGACACAUUGUACCAUGUUUCCCCUCUCUCAAAUGUAUCGGUUCAGCAGCGAAUGUCCAUCGCGUUUCCCAAUACGUCCCCUGGUCAUCUGGAGACCUUCAUCCUGGCUACUCAUUCGUCAGUUGACAGUGACCUCACCGCUUGCCUGUGGACUGAAGAGGACAAGCUGCACGACACCAUCAGCUCACUCACAGCCUGGUCGGGUCCUAUGUCUCUGGUCGUCGUGACGUCGGCUCCAACGGACCAUCUAACCGUGCUGAAAAGGUUUCCAGAGCUUAUGAGCCUCCCUGAUAUGCACGCCUCAUUCGGUCUGUCGUUGCAUGUACUCCAAGUUUCAUCUUCUUUUGGAGGAUCUGCCAAUGCCUAUUUAAACGUUGCUCGUCUCUUGGCGCCUACUGAUCGAGUUGUCCUGUUCCCGGAUGGUUUGCCUUUGCACCUCUCGAGUAAUUUGUAUAGCUCCAUCAUUCGGUCGACGUCUCCGCAGCCUCUCGUACUAGGCAACAAUAGCCGUAGGACAUAUCCAUUCGCCCCGAUGUCCCCUGUUGUUCUUCCUAAGGACUAUCCUACAUGGUGUACCGAGCGUUUUUCUCUUUUCCAAUCUCGAUCACUCGACUGGGAAGACUGUCUCUGGCAACUGUGGCUUGAAAGUGCUGGUGAGGUCAAGUCUACGGCGGUGGACAGCCGGCCAGUGGUGGAAACCGGCAGAUCCAACAACUCCUCAUCCGCAAAGUUAAGACGACGUUGGACUGUCAAAUAUCGCGCAGAAGCCUGUGCUCUAGCUAUGAAACGAGCGCAGAUAUUAGAAGCAACCAGUUAUGCAGAUAAGAAGGCGUUCCAAUGGCGCAAGAAAUUUUGUCAUGAGGUGAGGUCUUGA